AUGGCUACCAUGGCGGCUCCCCAUCAGCCAAGAUACAACCUGGAAGACCCGGGCUAUCCAGUUGAGCCUCGCACUGCUCGCGACGCCCGCGAGGCAGCUCGUGCUGCGCGAAAUGGCCAGAGUCCGAGAUACAGACGCACUCAAUCGCCAGAGCAGCUCGAUGACUUCCGCCCUCAGAGUGAAGAGUUCGACAUGCGGUCACCCACCUCUGACGUGGCACUCCAAGACGCCAUGCUAGCACAAGCACAACAGCAGCAGCAGCGUGUUGUUCCGGUUGGUCAGGUUUCCCGUAAUGCUGGGCAGCGAAGACAACCGCCGCCUGGUCAAGGUCCAAACAACAAUGCUCCCAGAGGUCCAGGUCCAGGUCCUCAGCAACCAAUGCCUCCAACUUACCCUGGCGGAAUGGACGGCGGUCCUCAGCAGCAGCAGCCCAAUGGGCCCAGAGACGGUCGUUACAGGCGACAAUCGCGCCGCGCUUCGGAGUCUGAACCCCGACCUCAUGGAGAGUCACCUCCCCGAAAUGGGCCAAACACCCAACAGAGCCGUGUUUCUCAAUCCAUGGCCUCAGAGCAGCAUCAGCAGCGUCGCGCGCCUUCACCAGACCGUCUAGCAGUUCCCGGCAAUGACAUCAACCGUCUCAACAGUCCCUCCAUUCAAAAGAGCGUUCUUCUACCUCUUGAGCAGAAGAUCCACGAGUAUGAUCAUCUCAUGGGUGAAGCUCAAGCCCAAAUGAACCAACUCGACGAUGAGAUCCGCGCUCUUCAGGAACGACGUCGCCAAGCCGAGGACCGCUUCAUUGAAGCCAAGUCCAAGCAUGAUGACUAUUCACGUCAACAUGAUCAAGUAGGCAAAGCUCUCCGCGGAGAGCUCGUACAGCAGGCCCCCCCACCACCCGCCAUCCGUCAGCCCGUUCAGCGCAUGGAGAGCAUCGACAGUUUCGAACAUCGACCGGUCAGCGCGCAGAGCUCUUUUCAUCAAAAGCCUAAGAAGGGGGGCUUGCGGAUGAGCUUGUUCAAUCGAAGCAAUUGA